ACCACCUUACUACUAGAUCACAAAUAUUUUAUGUAGACGCAACCUGGCCAGCAAGCCAGUCGAGCAGUGCGUUGCGACGAACCUUCACGACUUAUUCUAACGAGAUGUCGGCCGGGAUGUCUGUGGCGGAGUUCUAUAAAGGCAAGAGUGUCCUCGUGACCGGAGGCACUGGUUUCAUGGGAAAGGUGCUGGUUGAGAAGCUUCUCUACAGCGUCCCUGAUAUUGGCAACAUUUAUAUACUAAUGCGACCGAAGCGCGGGAAAUCCGUCAAUCAGAGGUUAGAGGAAAUGCAGAGGUUGCCACUAUUCGACCGUAUAAGAAACGAACGUCCAGCAAGCUUCAAGAAGAUUAAGGCAUUACAGGGUGACGUGCUAUUCGAGAACUUUGGUCUAUCCGAAAAUGAUAUAGAAAAACUAUCCGAAGAAAUAUACUUAGUGUUUCACUUCGCUGCGACGUUAAGGCUAGAAGCACCAUUAAAGGACAAUGUUAAUAUGAACACUUGCGGUACUCAGAGGACUCUAAAUGUGGCUAAAAGAUUGAAGAAGCUGCAACUAGUGGUGCAUUUAUCUACCGCGUUCUGCUACCCUGAUUAUAAGGUUUUAGAGGAAAAGAUCCAUGCACCGACCGUACAACCAUCGGACAUAAUGAGACUCAUAGAAUGGCUGGAUGAUAAGCAAUUAGCGCUCCUGACUCCUUCCCUUUUGGGCGCCCAUCCGAACUGCUAUACUUUCUCUAAGAGACUAGCCGAAUCCAUCGUCGCGGAUGCGUUUGAAUCUUUACCCGUGGUUAUUGCAAGACCGAGUAUAGUGUGUCCAGCUCUAGCAGAGCCUCUGCCAGGCUGGGUAGACAACCUCAACGGUCCAGUGGGUUUGAUGCUGGGUGCUGGCAAGGGCGCUAUCCGGAGUAUGCUUUGCGACGGGAGCUUGCUCGCACAGGUCAUACCAGUGGAUACCGCAAUCAAUGCUAUCAUUGCUUUGGGUAUGAUUGAGUCGAACCGAAAAGAAAAGGCCGAGGUAAUCCCAAUAUACAAUAUAAACAUUGGCCACCAGAAGCCUACAACUUGGGGAGAAGUGCUGACCAUUGCUAAGGAUUACGGCCGCAAAUACCCUCUCGCGUGGCCGCUGUGGUACCCCAAUGGGGACAUAACCACGAACUAUGCGUUACACGAGUUCAAGAGAAUAUUCUACCACCUAUUGCCAGCUUAUUGCAUAGACUUUCUGUUACUUAUUACUGGACAAAAGCGAUUCAUGCUUCGAGUGCAAGAACGAAUAAGUCAAGGUCUAGAAGUACUGCAAUACUUCACAAUUAGACCUUGGAGCUUCCCUUGCCCGAAUUAUGAUAAUAUUAAAUUGCAACUGACAGAGGAGGACAAUAAAAGAUUUAACACAGAUCUGACGGAGGUGGAUAAAGUGCAAUAUCUGCAUAGCUGUGUUGAGGGCGGUCGAGUAUUCUGUUUCAAGGAAGAUCCUAACAAGAUCCACAUAAACAGACAUUACCACAACUUCCUUUACUUCCUCGACUGGAUCGUCAAGAUUUUAUUCUGGCUACUGAUUCUCUCAUUUAUAGCAAGAUGUUUCGAACCUGUUAGAGACUUAUUUAGUUACGGAGAGCCUGUGGUGAAACAUCUGCCGUUUUUGGGACCAGCAGUUUUAGAUAAUCAUUAACAUUUUGGUGAAACGGUUUACAUUUUAGAUUUUAGUGUGUUACCUAGACUUGAAAUUUUACAUACAAUAAUUAUAAUUUUAAUCAUAUGAAUGAUCGAUAUUAUCAUAAUAUGAAUGUAGUUGGUACUUGGUAUUAUAAAGUGCAUCUGCUCCUGUGAUUUUAAAAUUAGAUAUUAAUAGUUAAGAUAUUAGACAUUGGUGGGCCACAUAAUACAUUGUUAUAUUAGUAAGUACCUAGGUACCUAUGUGGAUUUAUAAAAAUGAGAAACACUCAUAUAUGUUUAAUUUUAUUAAAGUGGCAUGAGGAAUCAAAAAUAUUUUAAAUCAUCCAACAUAAGUCAACAUUACUUUAACUAUGUAUUUUUUUUUAUUGUACUUGAUAGUUCAAUUAGGUCGAUAUACGGAUAAUUAAUAAUAAAUGUUAAUCCAUAGCAAUGUCGAUCCAAACCCAAUCAACCUCAAAAAUAAAGGCGAAAUAAUUAAAUAGGUUUCAACUUUCAACCAUCCAGGAGAGUCACCUGCGUCGAAUUGCAUACUUCGCGAUAAAAAUACAUUCGACACAGCAAGUUGUAAUACGAAAGUAUAACAUCGCCAUUCCUGGAGGACACUUAAAAAUGCCUACAAGAAUACUACAAUCUGCAUCAUUUAUUUCGCUUAUAUACAUUUAUAUAAAAAGGUUUAUCAACAUUAUUGUUGUAGGAGUACAAAAAGAACAAUCGCUGUUGCAAUUAUAAUUAGAUAAAUGACGCCCUAAUUUUUCUGCUGAAGGCCAGUUUUUCGUUAAGAGAAAAUUGAAAACAUAAGUACUAUUAUGUAUGAGAUUAUAUGCAUUUGCUUCAAUCCUUAUUUUAUAAAAUACAAUAAUUAUGUAUAGAGUACUAUGAUAUUGUAUAGUCCGAGCAUUAAUUUUGUAUUGUAUAAUCUUAUACGUUUUGUAUGUAUAAUAUUAUACAUUUGUAUUGUGUACCUGCAUAAAAAGGCGAGCAAUGCCUUAAGGAGUAAACAUAAUUGUAUAUUUUUUAUUAAGAACGGGAUGAAAAUGGUACAAAUAGUUAUUUUAUACACAAGAUAUUAUUAAAAUAAGCAUCACUCAAACUAGAUUUAAUUGUGUAACGGGCUUGUUAAUAAAAAACAAUUUAUACGA